AUGACAUCCUCCAUCUUGUCGCCCUUACUAGUAUUCUUGUUGGCGUUGUUGUCUGCCAUUGCCAAUGAAAUUCCUCCUGUCCCGCAGGUGGACCAAGUAGCUCGAGUCAAAGAACAUCGCCGAGGUGCCAAUGGCGAUCUGGUCCCAGGAGAAGAGAACCUGCGCAAACUGCUGCUGCAAUGGCAUGCUAUCCCAGGGGCCCUCGAGUAUGAAGUCUGCCACAAUUGCCACAUUUCGGAUUCUGGAGACGUACUAGAAGGAAACAUCAAUUUUGUUCCGACGAGCAAAACCAAGGCCGGGCGACCCGUUUUUGUCUUUCCCAAUGCCCCCUUGGGCAAGAAUUCAUUUCAUGUCCGUGUGAGCGUGGAAGCCGGAGUUUGGGGUCCAUGGAGCGAGCAACGAAACUUUGUGGUCGAUGAACCAGGACAAGUCCAGCAUGACGAACUUUAG